ACCCUAAACAGCCUAACACUUUCCUCUUCAUGAUAGACGCGAACAAUUUAUAUGGCGGGAUUAUGGAAAAAUUUCCUCUUCCACUUAACUCAUUCGAGUUUAAUGACCAAGUUACUAUAGCCGAAAUUCUCAACACGAGCAGAGAAUCCGAAAUUGGAUACAUUUUGGACGUCGAUCUUUUAUACCCCGAUCAUUUGCAUGAUGCACAUUCGGAUUACCCACUCGCCCCAACAAAAGAAGUUGUGUCCAAAAUGUGGCUCAGUGAGCUUCAAUUGGACAUGUUGAAAAAAAUGAACAUUUCGGAUAAAGUGGGCACUACGCCAAAGCUCAUACAAAACUUCUUUCCAAAGAAAAACUAUACUGUACACUACCUAACACUUCAGCUCUAUGUCAAACUUGGUUUGAAAAUUGAAAAAGUUAAUCGAGUACUGCAGUUUAGACAAGAAAAAUUUAUUGCACCAUAUGUUCAGUUGAACACUGAGCUCCGAAAAAAAGCUACUACCAAGUUUGAACAAGAUUUCUUCAAGCAAAUAAUAAAUAGUGCGUUUGGAAAAUUCUGCGAAUCAAAAAGGAAUCGACUUAUUGUAGAUAUUGUUCGCAAUGCUGAAGAACUGCAAAAUUUAUCAAGGAAAAAAAGAUUUAGCAGUAUAAAAAUUAUUGACCAACACUUGGUAUCUGUAACCUCAAAACCUGUGAACAUUAAAUGGGAUAAGCCCACAAUUGUUGGUGCAACGAUACUAGAUUUGGCAAAAUUUUACAUGUUCCAGUUCCAUUACAACAUAAUCAAGAAAAAUUUUGACGCUACUCUUUUAUAUUCGGACACUGAUUCGUUCCUGUAUGAAAUCCGCAGCAAAGAUCUCUACAAUGAAAUUGAGAAAAACCAUGAACUGCGAAAUCAUUUUGACUUUUCAAAUCUACCAGCCACCCACCCCCUCUACACCAACGAGAAUUUGCGCGUUACCCUGAAAUUCAAGGACGAGUUUGCUGGGGAGAUCAUACAGGAGUACGUCGGACUAAAACCCAAACUGUACAGCAUUAUUUCUUCGAACAUGGACAAAAAAAGCGCGAAAGGUAUUUCUAAAUAUUCGAAAAUGGAGCUAACCCAUAAUAAAUUUAAACAAACAUUGACUUACUGUUCGCUGGUCCGGUCAGAAAAUGUGAGGAUAAAUUCUUGCAAUCACAAUUUACAAACCAUAAUAACGAACAAAAUUUCCCUGAGCGCAUUUGACAAUAAGCGCUAUAUACAUGCAGACAGAGUAACUACUAGUCCUUUCGGACAUAAACGUUUGCGUGAGGAUAUGUUCAUAAGAGAAAUUGGGCGCACCAUGGACUGGGGCGAAUACGACGUAGACGACGACGCCGUGGUCCCCACUCCCACCGAUAACGGAAGUGGGGAGGAUUUGGCUGAAGAUAUAGAAGCGCAGGGCGGGUAUUAUGUGGAUAUUUUUACUCCACCAGAUAUGGGGUUCAACCAACCCACAUACACUGAUCAAGAGCUAGAACAGGAUUUGGUAGAUUUCGACCAGCUAAGUGGGCAAAAUGAGUCAGAACCAGCAGCGUACAACUGCCCCUAUUUGGACAUUGAAGCUCGAGAAGAAAACGAGCGGGAAGAAAUUAGACCACCUAAACGGCGGUGCUUAAAUCGACGUGCUUUUAUAUUAGACGAUUCUGACUAAAUAACUUCUGAUUAUA